AUGUCACUGUCAAGUGUCAGAAUGACUGACAUGAAUUUAGAAAUGUGAAUAUCUUUUUAGCCGUUUGUGAUGUGAAGUGAAAUGACUAUUUUGCCCUAAAAAUUAAAAGUUUGGUCCGUUUAGUGUUUUUUUACGUAUAUAUUUUUAAAGAUAGUUGGUUGAAUAAUAACAUUAAGUAAGAAUGAAGCCACCUACUGAACCGACAAAGGACGAUUGCUGUAACAGCGGUUGUAAUCCGUGUAUUUUCGACGUGUAUGAUACCCACUUAAAAUUGUACGAAAAAUAUCUAAACCAAGAUUGUGCCUGUGAUUCGUAUAAUGUAACAGACUACGGUAUCUCGCAACUUGAAUACCGUAAAUUUUACCUUUAUCAUAUAAUUCAAAUAAGCGAUCAGCAAAAAAUGUUAUUUUUUCAAAAGUCAAAACAAUAUUCGCAAAAAGUAUCAUGGAAACCUGGUGACCAUUUUCUUAUUAAACAUACUUCAGAUAAUGAUAUAUCGUGUACUAGAGCAUAUACUCCUAUUAAAUUAAAAAUUAAUAGUGAUGGUCCAUUAGAUUAUGAUUUCCUUAUUGUAAUAAAAAAAUAUAGUAAUGGAUUAGUGUCCAAUUAUCUGUUUCACUUAAACAUUGGGCAAGAAACUGCUUGGAGAGGUCCAUAUGGGUCAUAUAAUGUAGAACCAAACAAAUUCAGUAAAAUUAUAAUGCUUGCUCAGGGAACAGGCAUAGCACCUUUUGUAUCAAUAAUUCAGAAUAUACUAAACAAUGAUGAAGAUAUGACUAGAAUAAUUUUAUAUUACUGUUGUCAAGAUUUGAAUGAAAUAUUGUUCAGAGAUGAACUGUAUGAGUUUAAUUCUUACUGGAACUUUUCAUAUAAAAUAUUUUUAAGCAACACAUCUGAGGAGAGCUAUAUGAAUAAAAAAUAUAAUGAACCAUUAGUAAAUAGUAAAUUUAAUGUAUUAGAAUUGGAUUAUUUGAAAUCACAUUCAAACAACCAGUACCUGCUUUGUGGCUCAGUACAGUUUAUGAAAGAAUAUGAAGUAGUUCUAAAAAAUGGGUCUUAUUCUGACCAUAUAAUUUUAUUCUGAAUAAAUUAGGGAAAGUACCUUAGUUAAUAUUUGAACUUGCUCAUGAGAUUAUCUGAUAGCAGAAUGUUGAAUGAACCAUUAUAGUUCAAUGGUCUAGAUUUUAACUUCAACUAAUACUUUAUUAAGCUUUCUUUUGGCUAUUGAAAAAAUAAAUAAGUAUCAUAAGGUUGAUGUGAGGAGAUUGCACUCUCUGUAUUUAUGAUCACCAGCAACAUGCUUAGCAAAUAAGCAAAUCUUGUUACCUUAUGUAUCUUUUUAUGUUUAUGAACAUAGUUUGAAAUGUUAAAAGGUACUUGAAAUAAAGAAAUGAAAAAUCUAAAUUUGUAAUAGUUAUUAUUGCUAACCUGAUUAAUUAAUAAUACACUAUUUACUUUUAAUUAAUAAUACACUAUUUACUUUUUGUACUGGCUGUUUACUUUGUUGUAUGAGAAAGGGGAAUUUUAGUUGUAUUUUAAGACCAGUACAUGGAAGUCCUAACAUGGGACCAAAGACAUAUCUUGUGAAGAGAAAUAAACAACCAAUAGCAGUUCAACCGGAGAUGCUGCUAUCUCUUUCACUGCAUUGGGACAAAAAAGAUAGGAUUGGGACAAGUCUUCCGCCAUUGGUCGAUAUUUUGUCUAUUUCUUUUCACUUGGUUGCAUGCUAUAUAUUAUAGUUUGUAUUGAUUUUAUAUUACCUACUCCAAAAAGUUUCAUUAUACUUUUUUUCACUUUUACUCUAAAUGUUAAGUGAUACCAGUCAUUAGUAAAUUUAAAAAGUGGUAUUAUUUAGAUAACCGUACUAAUAUUAAUAAAACGCGAAAGUUUGUAUGGAUGUUUUUUACUCUUUAACGCCGCAACUUCUUAACAGAUUUGGCUGAAAUUUGAAACGAAGUUAAAUACUACGCUGGAUUAACACAUAGACCACUUUCAUCCCGGAAAAAUCCAUGGUUCCCGCGGGAUUUGUCAAUAUGAAUUCAAUUCCUACUCGACUAAAAUACUAAAGUAGUCCGAACUAGGCCUUAACCAAGGGGUCGAAGCCGAAGCUUCAGUACAAGAUUUUUGGCAUAUGUUGGUUGGUGUGUGUUGGUUGCGGAAAUAAAUUAGUAGGUACAGAAAUCAGACAGUAAGCGUACAUUAAUUUCAACUAAGUUCUACAUGUAGUCCAGUAAUUGUAGGAAUUUUAAACCCCAAUUUGGGAAAAAGUCCUAGUGAGCUGAAUUUUUGUAUAAACCUUUAUUACGGUGUUAUUAUGAAGAUAUGAAAAAUUAAGUAAAUCGUGCUGGCUAAAAACGCUACAAAGGUCAAAAGGUUUUCGCAAAUAUUUCGCGACCUAUUGCUCGGAGGUUAAUAGAGGUCAUUAUAAAACUUGUUCCUCAUAAUAUUGACUACAAAAAAUGUCUUUUGCAGUUUUUCUCCAAAAUUAACUAUUUUCGGAUUAAAGCGCUGAGAUAGCGACUAGAAUGCUCUCACUUACGGUAAGUAAACUCAUUCUAUUUUUUUUAAUAUGGCCAUGGUAUACCAUUUUGAAAUCCUCUUGAUGAGCCGUGGAAUUGGAUUGGCCCAUAAAGCAACAUUAAAAAAAAUCAUCUUGAGUCUAUAGCGUCUCACAGUCGUCGUGGCUAUUUUUUUUUAACUUACCUAUCUAAGAAUACUUGGGUUAUUAAGACAAAUCUAACAAUAUCUUAAUAUGUAAAUUCUUUCAGCGGUUUAGAAAAUAUGAGGUAUAAGAUACGCGCGAAAAACAUAACCCUUGCAGUCGGGUAAAAAACGCGCCUCGCAUUCUACCUCGAAGGUACCGAGGAAACGAGUGCAUCGUCAAUAUAUAGUCGCUUUCUCAGCGCUUUAGUCUAAAAACUGUUAAUUUUACAGAAAAACUGCAAAAGAAAUUUUUUGUAGAAAAAUUUUAUAAUUACCUCUAUUGACCUCCGAGCAAUAGGUCACGAAAUAUUUGCAAAAAACUGAUUUUCGUGAUCUAUGAACCUUUGUAACUUUUUAGCCGGCACGAUAAUGAUGUUGAUUUGUCACAUCUGCAUAAUAACACCGUAAUAUAAAAGGCUAUACAAAAAUUCAGCUCACUAGAAAUUUUUCCCCAAAAAGGUAUGUUAUAUUAAUCAUGAGUUCAACUACGGGUUAACAUUAAAUAUUUUUUUGGUUUUUUUCUUGAUUGGUUACUUACGGUGGAAUUCAUAGUCGUAGUAGGGGGCCCCUAAGGGGAUUAUUCAGCCGCUAUGUGUCGAAUUCAACCCCUACGCGUUUCAUAGACAAAAGAAACCCCUCAUUUGACAGGAGCUGGCGGCUGACUGCUGAAUUACCGAUAUUUGUCAGCCAAACCAUCCCCUGGCAUUUUUUUUGUUGUUAUUCGUGAUUUAUUUAUUAAAAAGUGGACUUGGAAAGUGUUAAGACUGUGUAUAAACAGCGAGUUAUAUCAGUAUCCAAGAUAAAUAUUCGCAAUUGCGUAAAUCCAGUUUAAUACUAUGGCGUUAUGGAAUGUACGAAAGAUUCUCAUAUUAGGCAUAAUAUGCCUCUGUUUGAUGAAGAAUGAACACAGAAGACCCAAGAGAGGAAUACCAAUACCGCUAUUAUUAUGCAUUCUAGCAGCACUUCGAUUCUAUGUAACGGGAUGUUUCCAGACUGUAUGUGCAUUCCAUCAAGCAUUCUAUGAAAUAACAGAAAUGCCACAAGUCAAGCUGUAUUGAUGGCACGCAUAGGUAUACAUAUAAACAACCCCGGAGGACACUAUGCACAGAUUUUAAGAAAUCAGCUAUCAUGGCAGGGAAUAGCAGUGAUGAGCUCUGAGAAUACUGUUUUACCAAGAAUACUGAGAAUACUUUGGUCCUUGAAAAUCCGAGUUUUCAGAUCACAGUAAUUGGAAGAUCCACAUACCUUGAAAAGUCAGCAGCAUUUAAUAUAGAGGUAGUAGGAGUGAGUGCAGUAUGUUGUAAGGUGGUCACUCACUCUGAAGUCCAUAACAAUAGAAAAUGUAUACAAAUCUUAAUUGAAUGAAAUUUAUUGAUUCACAUCUUUAAUAAAGAUAAUUAUUAAAUGUUUA